AUGGUAACCACACAUUCUCAAGCCAAUUUGGACAGUAAGCUACACACUAGAGAUGUCUGGUGCCAAAUUGUAGCCCCUCUUGCCACCCUGGGCACUUCUAGUUCCCUAGAUCAGUCGAAAAGAAUUCACCAAGCCAUUCGAGCUCUCCCCCAAGGUCUAGACCCCGCACCCGAUGG